GGUUUGGCUUUAAUCAAAAUGCCCCUCUUUCUUUUGAGAAACACUGCGCUUCUUCCCUCAAUCCCACUUGGAAUUCAAACCAUUUCCUCCGCCAAAAUGCGAAGAACACGAAGUUCCCUCAACCAAGAAACUCCUUCCCAGAAAAACCCAGGUUGUGAUGGCUCAGGGGGAAGCUCCGUUCCUGAACUUCGUGUUUUCAUCCGAAAAAAGAGAGUUAAAAAGACUGUGGAAGUCAUAGCCAAGGAGGUCAAGGAAGAAUCUUCUGGCAAAAAACUUGUUAAACUGCCUGAGAUAGAGGAUUUUUCCUAUUCGAAGGAAGCUACACAUUCCCAGUCAACACCUUCCAAAUCCGUGCGUUUGACAGGAGAAAAAGCUCUAUCCCAGUUGACGCAAACAGAAAUUAAAGGCUUCAGUCUAUCUGAUCCACUACAGCCACCUUUGAACUGGGAAAAAGUCCUUGAAGGAAUCCGCAAGAUGAGAUCCGCAGAAGAUGCACCUGUAGACUCCAUGGGUUGUGAGAAAGCUGGGAGUUCACUUCCUGCCAAGGAAAGAAGAUUUGCAGUCCUUGUAUCAUCACUCUUGUCAAGCCAGACCAAAGAUCAAGUUAAUCAUGGAGCUAUCCAGCGUCUCCUUCAAAAUGGCUUGCUUGCUGCAGAUGCCAUUGACUCAGCAAAUGAAGAAACAAUCAAGAGUUUGAUAUAUCCAGUGGGGUUUUACACGCGAAAGGCUAGCAACCUGAAAAAAGUAGCAAAAAUUUGUCUAUCAAAAUACAAUGGGGACAUCCCUAGUUCUCUGGAAGAAUUGCUUCUGCUCCCAGGAAUUGGUCCCAAGAUGGCUCAUCUAGUUAUGAAUGUUGCAUGGGAAAACGUCCAAGGGAUAUGUGUAGAUACUCAUGUGCAUCGUAUUUCUAAUCGGCUUGGAUGGGUAUCACGUCCUGGAACUAAGCAGAAAACGAGAACCCCUGAGGAGACUAGGGAGUCCUUGCAACUUUGGCUUCCAAAGGAAGAAUGGGUGCCAAUCAAUCCUCUCUUGGUUGGGUUUGGUCAGACCAUUUGUACUCCUUUGAGACCACGUUGUGCAAUCUGUACAGUAAGUGAUCUCUGCCCAUCCGCAUUCAAAGAGGCAGCAAGCCCAUCUUCCACCCCCAAAAAGUGACGUUUGAUGGAAUUUCAACCAAGUUUUGCAGUGAGGGCACAAUUCUCUC